AUGACAACGACGACUACAAGAGUGACAGUCAUCGGAUUGACUCUCCUGGGUCAUGUUCCUGGCAUCGUAUAUGCCUGGUAUAUCAUCUACAAGAACAGAGACGACCCCAACGUGAGCCACCGCCACGGACGCACCUAUGUUGCCGUGCCCCAGCAACAGCAGCAGCAACAGCAGCCGCCACAGCCUCAACACUACCAAGCGACUGCACCAGUCAACUAG